ACGCCUUUCUCGUUUCAGUGCAAGCAGCCAUGGCUGAAAUAAAGACGGGCAUCUUUGCCAAAAACGUCCAAAAAAGGAUCAGCCGUGCUCAAGAAAAGGUUCUGCAGAAGUUGGGGAAGGCAGAUGAGACAAAAGAUGAACAGUUUGAGCAGUGUGUACAGAACUUCAAAAAACAGGAGUCGGAGGGUUUCAGGCUACAGAGGGAGAUGAAGGCUUACAUAGCAGCUGUAAAAGGGAUGCAGCAGGCUUCUAUGAACCUGACAGAGUCAUUGCAUGAAGUGUAUGAGCCUGACUGGCACGGCAAGGAUGAUGUCAUGACCAUUGGAAAGAACUGUGAUACUAUGUGGGAGGACUUUCAUGAGAAGCUUGUCGACUCCACUCUCAACACGCUGGAAAUGUAUCUGACACAGUUCCCAGAUCUCAAGGUGCGGGUAGCAAAGAGAAGCAGAAAGUUAAUUGACUAUGACAGCGCACGGCACCAUCUUGAGACCCUGCAGACCACUACCAUGAGGAAUGAGAAGAAGAUAGCAAAAGCAGACGAAGACUUGAAAAAGGCCCAGAGGGUUUUUGAUGAUCUCAACGUUGGCCUGCAGGAUGAGCUGCCCAUGCUCUGGGAUAGUCGGGUGGGGUUCUAUGUAAGCACCUUCAAGAAAGUCUCCAGCCUGGAAGCCGGUUUUCACAAGGAGAUCUCUUUUCUCUGUCAUAAGCUGUAUGAAGUGAUGAAUAGGCUCGCUGAGCAGCAUUCUGACAAAAUGUUCACCAUUCAAGGAGCGCCCAGUGAUUCAGGACCGCUGCGAUUAGCCAGGACUCCCAGUCCUCCUGAUGAUGACGAUAGUCCAGAUAGCAGCCCUGCUACCAGCCCCAACCACACGCUGAGGCCCAGCUCACCUGGCCCACCUCGACCCAAAUCACCUUCACAAGUAGGGCCUGAAACACAUCAGAUAUUUCUCAAGAUGGGACCUCCAAAACCUCCUCCUCCAAAAGCCACUCCAACCAGGGAGCUACAGCAGGAGCAGAUAAUCGACCUGUUCGAUGGAGGUUUUCCUGAGAUCAGUGUUACCUCACCACAGCCGAAAGAGAAACCUGAAGAAUCUCUCCUGGACAUGGAUUUUGAUCCGUUCAAGCCUGAUGCCAACACACCUAUCGGGCAAACCCAGUCACCCAUGGCUCAGGCAUUAUCUUGGGAUCUUUGGACGGAAAAUGCUGAGCCUGCACAGCCUGCUACAGACGCUGGCUUUACUGCCAACUGGGCAGCUGACUUCAGCUCUCUUUCCACCGUGGGUGCUGAGGAAUCUGCAAAUGUUCAGCCUGCAGCGGAUGGGCAGAGCUGGCCGCCCGCAGAGGGCUGGCCUACAGCCGAGGCCGCACAGCCUCAGGGAGAAGCUACCACAGAUGAGGCGUCCAACAAGGCUUUUAACAGAUUUUCUAAGACGGAUGCAUCAGUCCCAACAUUUUCGUCUGACUUCGACAAGGCGACGGAUGCAUCAGUCCCAACAUUUUCGUCUGACUUCGACAAGGCGACGGAUGCAUCAGUCCCAACAUUUGAGUCUGACUUCAACAAGGCGACGGAUGCAUCAGUCCCAACAUUUGCCUCUGACUUCGACAAGCCGACGGAUGCAUCAGUCCCAACAUUUUCGUCUGACUUCGACAAGGCGACGGAUGCAUCAGUCCCAACAUUUUCGUCUGACUUCGACAAGGCGACGGAUGCCUCAGUCCCAACAUCUUCAUCUGACUUCGACAAGGCGACGGAUGCAUCAGUCCCAACAUUUUCGUCUGACUUCGACAAGGCGUCUGAGGCCCCAGAGACUGAUAUAGCAAAAGAAGAAGUUGAAGCAGCUCCGGUCACAGUACCCGAGGCCCCUGAGGACCCUGAGGCUCCUGAGAGCCCCGUCACAACUCCCCCUACAGACACCCAACCAGAGGAGAUCCCUGCUUCAAGCCCCCCUGCAGAAACAGCCACUAGUCCUGUGGAGUCUCCAGUUUCUGCUGAGUCUGAAGCAGAUGAGCAGACUGAGCUCCCAACUGAAGACAUACAAAAGGAGCAACCCGACAAAGAAGCCCCGGAUUUUCCUCCAGUCCAAGAAACAGAGGAGUCACCUGCAGAAACAGCUCUGGCUACUGAAGAAGAUAAAGAGUCUCCCAUAGAAGAGACUCCGACUAUAGAUGCCCAUCCAGAGGAAGACGCCAGUUCAGUAGAUGCCAAACCAGGAGAUCCUGAUAGUGUUGAGCCCAAACCAGCAGACGAAGCAGAUAAUGUUGAACCCCAACCAGGGGACGUUCCUGAUAAUGAGUCCAAACCUGCAGACGAAGCAGAUAGUGUUGAGUCCCAACCAGGGGAUGAAAGCAGUGAGGAGAGUGCGGCUAACAAUGGGAAUGUGGAGGAGAAGAUGCGUAUCCCAUCUGUUGUUAUUGAGCCUGCCUCUAGCAAUGAGGGCGAUGAUGACCGGGAUGGUGAUAUCACAUCUCCAAUAGAAUCCAGUGGCAAUGGGGUGAUACCAGCAUGCCAGACAACCAAAGACGCUUCUGGAAUGCCUUACGGAUUUCUUUUCAAGGCGGAAACACUGCAUGAUUUUGAAGCAGCAAACCCAGAUGAGCUGGCGUUGAAGAAGGGAGAUAUUGUUUUGGUAGUACCUACAGUACAUGCCGAGGAUCAGGAUGCUGGGUGGCUCACUGGCAUUAAAGAGAACGAAUGGUCACAACUGGGCACUUCGGCUCACAAAGGACUGUUUCCUGAAAACUUUACGCAGCGUCUGGAGUAAACAUCCUCAGUGUGUCGUGAGCAGGCGUGUGGAUCUGGACAUUUGAGGCAGACCCGCCCCCGUGAAGUCUGAUGCACUGAUGACAGCUGUCAAUCAGACGAGACACAUAAGAGGAAAUGAUCAACUUAAAGAAGCAAGUGGAGAUACAAUAACUACUCAGAUCAUAAAGAAAAUAUCCAAGCAUGAUGUGAUAGUAUGGUCAACCCUUACCGCAAAACCAAGUUUUCCCUGUUUUUGUUUGUUAAACUGUGAACAGCAACGAAUUGAUGUGUGCUUUGUUGGAACUCUGGUGACCUAAUGUAAUCUCUGUCUGUUUAAAGAAGAUCUAAAGUGAGAGUUUUCCCUCUAAAGACAAAAAAACUCUUCAACCUCUCUGCACCAAGUGUAUUGUAUUGACUUUGUUGCCCUGCAGGGAAUUUGAUGAGAAUUUGUAGUGAUAUGAUCUAUUUAACCAUUUUAAGUGUUACACAAGAUGUAGGUGUUUUCUUUGAGAUAUUUCAGAUAUAAAUGUUACCUUGCAUCAAUUUGUUAGUGUUCUCUGUAGUUUCACGGCUGGCCGUGCGCGGCCGUGAUGGUGGCAUUGGGCAUAUUUGAUAUUGACGUUGUUUAUGGACAGGACUUUCAGUGUUAAUGCCAAAUUAAUCGAAAUCCUGAUAGAAAUGGUUACUUGGGGAUUUUACAGCAUGACAAAUGUUCUGAGAAGCACCUGGCAAAUACAGCUUUGCAAAACACAAAAUGUAGCUCCCUAUAAUUACAAACAAUAUGUGUAUUAUAUUCACAACUACAUACAUGCAGAACUUAUUCUUGAACGGACAUGGACAUAUUAAUCUGUGAAUGGUGUUUUAUGUUUGAAGAAGUUCAACUUUAUAUUUUUAAGCCAAUGAUGAUGAGUGGGAAAGAUUAGGGGUGGGAAAUUGAAAAAAUAUGCAAUAUAUGUAACUGGUUGAUAGAGUCAUUGUCAUAAUUGUUUGUUCAGAGAUAAAAAUAGCAUCACUCUUGUGUUUGUAUUGUUUCUCACUGUAGAGCAUUUCUGUGAUGUACAUAUCUGUGCUAAUUUAACUGUAAAGUGAAUAAAGAAUAGUUCCUAUGAG